CCGUGGUGAGGUCUUCUCGCUUUAAAACCCCUCGCGGUCCCUCGACUGCAGCAAGUCUCCCACUUCUCGUUCCUCGCUGGGAUCAGGCGAAGGGUGCCGAGAGGUAGUUCAGGGAUUUUUCGCACAGGCGCCAACAUCACGGUUCACAAUUUCGGUCUGAUCAGCACAGUGGUGCGUUGCGAAGUGCAUUGGCGAAAUCUUUCUGAUCUACCCGCAAUGGGGAGCAUGUCAAGAUGCAUUUUCUCGGCACUGGUGAUUUUAGUCGCCGUAUGUUCGGUUGCGAAGCCCGCGUCAGCAGCGGAGUUCAGAACUCUCUCCGGACAGGGAAGCGACAGCGAUUCGUCGUGGGAUAAGUGGCUAGAAUCCGUCCGCGUCGAGUACGAAAAGAAGCAGCAGCAAAGUGUUCUGGGCGUCGACGAGACUAUGACAACACAGGCGGCACCGAAGGGGAAGACCAUUUAUGUGAACAAGCAGAAAGGGCCGUACAGGACUGUUCAGCAGGCUGUGAACGCGGUACCGAAGGGCAACACGAAGCGCAUUGUGAUCUACAUUCCUGACGGCGUUUACAAGGAGAAGAUCUUGGUACCGAAGACGAAGCCGUUUAUCACGUUCCAGUGCCAGAGCAGGAAAGCGACGUUGGUGUGGGGAGAUACAGCUGCGAAGGCGGGAGGAACGGCGAAGAGUGCUUCUACUGCGAUCGAGUCGAAGGGGUUCAUUGCUUAUGACUGCACGUUCGCGAACUCUGCACCCGCUCCACCGGGCGGCGCUGUAGGGAAGCAGGCGGUGGCGCUUCGGAUCCAGGGAGACCAGGGCGCAUUCUACCGAUGUGCAUUUUUGGGAGCGCAGGACACGUUGUACGACAAGGAAGGACGUCACUACUUCAGGGAUUGCUACAUUCGGGGGUCUAUCGAUUUUGUAUUCGGCGAUGGGCAGUCGAUCUACAAGAAGUGUCUGAUCGAGUCAAUCGCAAAGGGCACGAGUGGGUCGAUCACAGCUCAGAAGAGGGAGAGCUUUUCGAGGACGGGUUUCGUGUUCGACCAAUGCACGAUCAGGGGAAGCGGGUCUAUCUACCUGGGACGUGCUUGGGGGACGCACUCUCGCGUGGUGUUCUGCAGGUGCAACAUGGCGAACAUAAUCCGUCCGAUCGGGUGGCAGGACUGGGAUGAUAAGAGGAGGCAGAAGACGGUAUUCUACGCCGAGUAUGCGUGCACGGGUCCCGGAGCGAACAGGAAAGGUCGCGCGCCGUGGUCGAAGGUUCUGAGCGCCGCACAGGCGAAGCCGUUUUUGGAUUACGGAUUCAUCGACGCCAAGCAGUGGCUGCCGUAUGUGUAGAGUAGGGUGGGCGUAGGUGAAGGUGAUGGGUACGUGGGAAGGGUGGAACGAUUGGUUAGAUAGGAAGAUAAUUAUUUGGAGAUGGGUGGGGUGAAGAUUGGUAUUCAUGUUAAGCAUUCUUUGUUUCCAAUAAAUGAGAAGCAGAGCAGCGCGAUGCGAUCGUUGCUGUGGUUGGUUUUA